UGGUGCCCACGCGGUGCUCAGAUGCUGCUGCCGUUGUUGCUCCUGCUGGCGGGGCCCGUCCUCGGGGCUGCCGCCGCCACCACCACCACCACCCCCGAUCCUAAGACUGGCAAACAGAUGAGGGACCAGCAAGUGCCACUCGUCUCGCCCAGCUACUCGCUCAUCCACAUGGACAUGAGCACCGGCAAGGAUAUCGGGGGAUGUUUUGAACGAAUCGCGAUUGGCAGACGCCUGGCCGUGGUUUCCAUCUCGGUGCCACUAACCAUGUUGACUUCAUGCGAGAAGAAGUGCUUCGAGAACUCCGACUGUCGAGCUUUCAGUUUCGGGAUGGGUCGUCACGGCAACGGAACGUGCGAAAUGCAAGUGGGUUCGGCGGCCGAACGGGCCCAGCGACGUCGUGGCCGUCGGCCGCGCAAGUUGGAGCCAACCCAGCAACCCGAAGACCCGGACUACGACCUCUUCGAACGUCGUCCCGAGUGCGAAAUGCCGAACGGUUCGCAGCAACCGCCCGGCGAAGAGGACAAGCAGGACCUGCCUCCCUUCCUGGGCAACGUCGAUAACCCGAGCCAAGGCCACGGCGACAACCACCAGCGACCUCCUCAGCAAGGAUCCUCCUCGGGCUGCUUCCGCCGUUUGUUCAGCGGCAAAAAGGUGGCCCCGCACUCCAUCAGACGCUCAAUGCCAGUCGGUAAUGCCCAAGAGUGCGAGCAGGCGUGUCUUGGAGAACGGCAAUUUUUGUGCGAAGGCUUCAAUUUGAGAAUUGACUACAGAGGAAAUGGACGCGGCAGUUGUGAACUGACUGACGUGACCGCGCACAGACUGGGUGAAAGUCUGCUGAAGAAUUUCUUCGAAGACCAAGAGUUUGACUAUUUUGAGCGGCAAGGUGGUUCUCCACAGUGCGGCCCUGCGUCAUCCUCGUCUUCCUCUUCAAGCAGUGGUGCCAGUGGUACCAGGUUUCCUGGCUCAGGGACGUAUCUCCCUUCACCUCCGAACGGUGGCGGAUAUACCAACAACCAGCAGCGCCCUCCACCCUAUCCGUUCGGACCUGGCGGCCCAGGAAGACCAGCAGGACCUCCCUCGGGACCAAAUUAUGGAGGCAACAGUAAUUAUGGAGGAGGAAACAGCGGAAAUUGGCAAAUGUUCUCCACGUCGUCGCAAUUCGGAGGAAACAACCGACCACAAAUUCAGGGUCCACCUGGGCCUGGCUACAAUCAAGGACCUCCUCCCGGUCCUAAUUACAAUCAAGGACCCCCUCCUGGGCCUAUCUACAAUCAAGGGCCUCCUCCUCCUCCUCCUCCUGGGCCAGGGUACAAUCAGGGUCCACCACCUCCUACAAGACCGAGCUACAAUCAGGGUCAAGGACCUACCCCAGGAGGCUGGAACAACAACAAUCAAAACACCGGCCUCGGCUUCUACGGCGGCCCUUCUAACAACAACUUCGGGGGCGGCAGCGGAGGAUACAAUAGAGAACCGCCUCCGCCACCUCCACCACCAGCAUAUGGCCCUCAGAGGCCACCCACUGGAGGACCUCCAGGCGGUCCAUGGAAUGCAAAUGAUGAUGAGUGUUUUGCAAGAGUUUGGAGUGGACAGCGACUGGACAAACUGGCCAUCAGGAACACGUCGAACCACCCAUCCCUGGGCGGCUGCCAACUGGAGUGUCUGCAGGCCAGAGACUUUGUGUGCCGCGCCUUCAGCUACCGACACGGUCCUCCCGGCACCACAGGCGACUCUUGCCUUUUAACCGACAGACCGAUGCAGGAGCUGCACCCUCGCGAGGGUAUGGUCCCUGACCCUGAGUUUGAGAUUUAUGAGCGAAUCCUGAGUGGAAGAGGCUGCGAGCACAUUCCGCCGUACCCGCCUUCAACGCCAUGGCCAGUGGGUCCGAGCACCCCUGUCAGAGGAGGCAACGACAACGACCCUCUGCCACCGCUGCUGGCGCAACCCAUGCCUGGAGUGCAUGAAAGACCUAAUUUGCAAGGUUCAACUGGACAAGAUUGUUACGCCGAGUACUGGCCAUCGGCUCGUCUUGCGGCCAACGUGGUCACAGUGGCUACACACGCGCCUUCCUUGUCCGACUGCCUAUCAAGAUGUACCAAUUCGCUUCAGCAGUGGAAGACGCCGUGCCGUUCCCUUGCCUACAGAGCUGGUGUUCAAGGACACAAUUGCUUGCUGAGCGAACUGGCCCAGCGAGAUUUGAAGCCUAACGCAGACUUUUUGCACGAAGAGGACAAAGCAAGUGGGGAGGGGUGGCGUUUGAUGGCCUGGGACUGGUCGGACGAAAGGUGCAGACUGCCCGGAGCGUCCGGAUCGUCAAACAGCGUCGGACCUUGGAAUGACCGUGAUAAAAAUAACAACUGGCUGAGUAACCCUCAAAAACCGAGCUUCGGAAGUUACGGAAACACUCCGACCCAGCAGAGCUUUGGGUCAAACUACGGUGGUGGAUCGAACUACGGAGGUUCGACUUCAACUUCUGGCAGCUUUGGUGGCGGCGGCUACGGAGGAGGUUUCACCGGACAGAGCAACCAGAUCGGCGGCUAUCCUCAGGGAGGUUUAGCAGGAGGCGACGGGAUGGCCUUUACGGUCAGUGGAAAGCCGUGCGCGGCAGGUCACGUCUGCAGAAUGGACCCUAACGCCGAGUUCUGGUCGUGUCCAUUGGACCCCAACAACGGCAAGGACUGGGACUACUGCUGCAGCCCGACACACAGAUGUGGAUACUCGGAGGGGAUGCAAAUGCCUUGGUGCUAUGUUGGAAUGUCCAAACUGCAAUGGAGACCAUGCAGUGAAAGGUACUGGCCAUACCAAAACAGCCGCAUGGACGACAGGGAGGGCCGACUCUUGCCAGUUGCCUAUCUACACAAAUCAGGGCCUCCCGGAUCAGACUUGAUCAGCAACAACAGAACCACUAACUACGAAAAGUUAACAACAAAGUAUCAAGUUCAAAGGUCGCCCGCAACAACAACAACGCCUAGACCGACAACUACAACAUUGAAAAAUGUUACUAUGGAGGAUGACUCGUCGGAAGAAAUGAUUCCCGUAAAUCUGACUGUGGUGGACGUUGAUAAAAUUUAAAAACUUUAAAAUGCCAGGACUGGUGAAAGUGUAGAAAUGUUUGAAAAUUGGAAGUGAAUGUUCCAUUUUGCGAGCAUCUUCAGAGACGGUUGAGGGAUUUGACUUUCAAGUGCGAAAGUUCUCUCCGUCACCGCCUCCGUACAAAAUAUUAGGUCGAUUAAGAGACUUCUGUGGAUUAAUUAAGUUUAGUUUUGUCUGCUAUUUAUGCCCUCGGAAAUAAAGUUUAAAGUUUAAGCAAUAGCGAGAUUUG